AUGGCCGCGCUUGUAGGCCCUGACUCGCAUGCGCGCUACCGUCUGACGCAGGAACGUGAUUUUCGCAAGUAUAUGCCGCGCGAGUUUUCUGCGUCGCAAUUCGCUCCUUUCGAUCAUGCUAGUCACCAAGCCUUUACUCCACAGCCAUCGCCAGAUCCGGCCUUAACUGCGUUUGCCCAACUAGGUGCCAUCCGCGUCGGGACCCAACGGGCCCUGGUCACCCUGUUCGAUCGCACUCAUCAGCAUAUCCUCGCGGAGGGUACCCCGUCAUUAAACCUCAUCGGUGGAGGUACCCAGGAUGACCGCGAUAAACUGCUACUGGGUUGCUGUGUGCUCCCGAAGGAACGGGGCCUGUGCCACCAUAUCGAGGGCCAGCCAGUCUCCACGGACAUGCAAGAUGGCAAGCCAGUUAGGAGAGGCGCCUUAGUUGUCGCGGACGUGACUGAGGACCCGCGUAUCAAAAGUAAAGAGCUGCUGAACCUGCUGUCGGAUGUGCGUUUCUUUGCCGCUGUGCCUCUCAUCAGCCCUCGGGGGCUCGUGAUUGGUUGUUUCAGCGUAAUGGACAACGAUGUCAGACCUUCUGGGCUCCCAGAACACUCGAUUCAAUUCAUGAAUGACAUGGCUAGUGCCAUUAUGAAGCACCUGGUGAGAGGCCAUUUCACCCGCAAAAGUCGCCAGUCCGAACGAAUGCUUGUCGGCCUGGGCAGCUUCAACGAGGGGAAAUCUACGCUUCGUAGCUCAUGGCAAGAAGAUAAUGCAGGAAAUAUCGGGGAGUCGAAAGAGGGCCAGGUGAACAGCCAGCAACAGCGUGCGCAAGACAGCCAGGAGACAAGUUUAGCUCCUCUUGUCUUUCGAGGCCCAAAGAGAACAGAGGCUCUUUCAGGAACAGGGCCAAAUAAUUGCGGCCUGGAGACAGACCAUCAUGAAAGUUCUGAGGUAGAGAUUACACCAAAGGUUGAACCUAUCCGAAGUGUUGGUCAAAAUCCCCAAGAAGACUCGCAGGCCAACAGCAUCAAACAAGUCUUCUCACGCGCAGCAAACUUGAUAAGGGAGUCAAUUGGGACUGAGGGUGUGAUCUUUCUUGAUGCGCAAAGCGGUUACUUCAGCAAACCCGGUGACCAACCCGGCCACAGGAGAUCGGAUCCCGCCAUUAACAGAACUCCGUCAAGCAGCGAUGAAAGCCUUGAUUCGGGCUCACCGACCAAGCCCGAGUCGACGCCCACUGAUCAGAAGACAGAAGAAGAUACUUCGCUUUUGUCCACGUGCUUGGGAUUCUCAAGCUCGACAGGAUCGACUAUCAACAACGAGACAGUGACUGGCCCGGCAUCUAUGGUAUCUGAAGCCUUGUUAAUUUCACUUCUUCGCCGAUACCCACGUGGGAAGAUAUUCACCUACGAUGCCAACAAGGCUGUCUCUGAUGAGAGCGAUGGCAGCUCACGGGAGACGCCUGGAGCCGAUCGCCAAAUCCAAUCCGAUCAACGAAGAUCGGUCAGCGAGAAGGGCGUAUCAAAUUUCCAAAAAGACGCUCAACGCCUGAUCAACAUUUUCCCAAGUGCCAGGAGUAUUCUACUAUUGCCAAUUUGGGACUCGGAUGAACGAAAGUGCUUUGCUGGAACGAUAGUCUGGACGAACGACCCUGAACUUGUCUUCACAUUCGAGAACGAAAUGAUGUAUGUUUCAGCCUUUGCAAAUAGCAUCAUGGCCGAAAUCAAUCGUCUCGAUGUGGAGCUGGCGGACAAGUCCAAGACCAGGCUGCUCAGCAGCAUCACUCACGAGCUCAGAACACCCCUGCAUGGAAUCUUGGGUACUGCGGACAUUCUCAGUGACACGGCCAUGAAUGCUUUGCAACAUGGCAUGGUCCACACAAUUGAGUCUUGUGGCCGCACUCUCCUGGACACCAUCAACAAUUUGCUGGAUCUCACCUUCCUUGGCGAGAAUAAGAAUUCUGGAGGCAAGAAGGAGAAGCGGCGUCACUUUGUCGCCAGAUCUGAUGAAGGGCGUUCCGAGAAGGGUAAAGGUCGCGGUGCGAAGACUGCAACCUCGCAUGUCAAAUUGGACGCGGUGCUCGAGGAGGUCACCGAGUCUGUUUUUGCAGGAUACAGCUUUUAUAACCACCCCAAGAUGCCGCCACCGGCCUUGACUGAUUCCUCAUCACGCUCAGCCGGUCAAACGAACUCGUCCAAUCAGGUUGGUCCACGGGCCAGCGAGGUCACGAUCAUUUUUGACAUCCAGCCCGAUACAGAAUGGGAAUUCAACACCCUCCCCGGUGCCUGGCGUCGCAUUCUGAUGAAUGUUCUUGGUAAUGCGCUGAAGUAUACAAAGUCAGGCUACAUCUACCUGGGGCUGAAGUCAUCCGAACAAGGCGCCUCUCAAGAUAAAACAACAUUAGUCUCAGAAUCAUCAGAGGAGCAAGAGGCUGAGUUCGAGGUCACUCUCGUUGUCAAAGACACCGGCAAGGGAAUUGGACCGGAAUAUUUGAAGAAGAACCUUUUCACCCCCUUCAUGCAAGAGGAUUCACUCGUAUCCGGGAGCGGAUUGGGACUCAGCAUCGUCCAUCAAGCUGUCGGAUCCCUGGGUGGCUCGAUUGACAUCGCCUCUACCCAGGGAGUUGGCACUGAAUUAACAAUCCAGACUCCGCUCAUGCGUGCGCUCGGUACAUCAGACGCUUCUUCGUCGAAUUCGGAAUUCCACACGAUGUUAAAAUAUACCGAAGGGAAAACGAUUGGGUUCUUGGGCUUCGGGGCAUCUCUUAAUUCUCAACGAGAUAAGCUCUUGUAUGAAUCGCUGGAGCGAUUGUGUCGCCACUGGUUUGGUCUGUCUGUGACGAACGUGUCGUCUUUUCAAGGCGAACCCCUUCUCCUGGACUUCUACUUGGCCGUGCAAACCGAGCUGGACUGUGAAGACACAAAGGGAAGAGACCUCUUCGCUCUCGGGAAAUAUCGUCAAGUUUCAAACUGGAACGGCUCACCCAUCGUCGUCAUCUGUCAGUCUCCCGAGGAAGCGCAUCACAUGUUUGUAACGACCAAAAGCCGCGAGGAGGCACCCGUCUUCGAGUUCAUCAGCCAACCUUGUGGGCCACGCAAACUGGCCCGGGCGCUGAAUCUGUGUAUCAAGCGACAGCGCGAUUCUCAUUCCGGGCGAUCUAGCCCUAUCGAGCAGACUCGCUGGGUGGAACUACCGGAAUCCUCUCGUCUGCCAGUCGAUCUCCCAGCUCAUGAUCCUCCCGAUCAAAGGAUGAAGAUUAGCAAGCGACCGACCAUGGAUACAAUGGGAUCUUAUGAAUCUAUGCUGUCGGCGGAGGAGGGAACCCAGGGAGGAGCGCAUCAGAAUAAGGCACAUUCGACCUCAUCUGCGAAUAAUGUGCAGGAGGACUCAGAUUGCUCUGGGCCAUCCGUUUUACUGGUGGAUGAUAAUGAUCUGAAUCUUCAACUACUGGUCGCCUACACUAAAAAGAGCAAUUACGAAUACGUGACCGCUCGCAAUGGGGCCGAAGCCAUCGAUACAUACAAAGCACAUCCGGGCUCUCUCCGGGCCAUCAUUCUAGGACUCGGCGGUUCUGCUGCCCAGCGAGAGGCCGCUGCUUCUGGCAUCGAUGAGUUCCUUAUCAAGCCGGUUAAACGAUCCGACAUCCAGGCAAUGCUACGGAAAGCGAUCCCUUCCCAGACUGCUUAA